AUGUCACAACGACAGCAACAACGAAGCGCCCCAGCACCUUCGCAAACACAGACCGAAACCCCAACACCGGAGACAAGAGAACAAGCUCCUCAAAUUCUGCGACUUCGGGGCGCGCAUACUUCCACCGGGCGAUCGGUUCAGUGGGCAGAAGACGUGGUAGACAACGAAGGUCUUGGACGCAAGAGUUCAAAAGUCUGUUGUAUCUACCACAAACCCAAAGCGGUCGAUGAAUCCAGCGACGAGUCCUCUUCUUCAGACUCCGAUUCGGACUCUGGCUCUGAUCGCGAUGGCGCACAACCGGCAGGCGGUAAACGUCAGGGUUGCGGACAUGGACAUGGGCACAAUCAUGGACGGGGACGAAGAAGCGGAAAGGGAAAAGAGAAGAGAGCGCCGAGUCCGAAUGCCUACGAGAAGGUGCCAAAGCCAAAACCCAAGGAUGGACCUUCGGAGACCAAGUCAUAG